AUGUUUAACAAUAUAUUUGGCAAGAAACCCACCGUUAAGGAACAGCAACGCGAAAAUGAUCGCAGCUUGCGGAAAGCAACUCGCGACAUUGAACGAGAGCGUCGAAAACUGGAGGAGGAGGAGAAAAAACUAGAAGCUGAGAUCAGACGCAGUGCGGCUUCUGGAAACAACGAUGCAUGCAAAAUACUGGCCAAGCAACUGAUCGAGAUUCGCAAGCAAAAAUCGCGUAGUUACGCCGCUGCGGGCAAAAUACAAUCCAUAGGCUAUCAAAACAAGAACAUGGGCGCAAACAUAGCUCUGGGCGAGGCAAUGGGCACCACAGCCAAGACGAUGGCUGGCAUGAACAAGGUGAUGCGCCCAGAGGCUAUAGCAGGCACUGUGCGUGACUUCCAGCAAGCAAAUAUGCGCAUGGAAAUGACAGACGAAAUGAUAAACGAUACGCUAGACGACAUGCUAACUGAAUCUGGCGAUGAGGAGGAAUCUAACGAUGUGGUCAACAAGGUGCUCGAUGAGAUUGGCAUUGAAAUCUCUGGUAAAAUGGCCAACAUACCAGCCACAGGAUCCAGCGAGUUCGAGACUAGCGGCAAGCGCACCGAGAAGGACAUUGCAGAUCAGUUGGCCAAACUGAGAUCUUCCUAGUUAUAUUAAUGUGCUUAAUCCCUCCCACAACUGUAUUUGGAUUUUUUGUAAACACAAUUGUUAUUCAUAGGCCAUAAGACAUACGAACAUAAGUAUAUCUACAUGCAUCACUCUAAA